UGACUGGCAAGAGGGACGACAACACCGGAAUGAGGAAAUUGACGAGGGCAAGCCAUGUGCAAAACAAAGUUGUUCAUCGCUGAUAACCGCGCAACCUGAUGAACCGCAGGUCACUCCACUCAAGUCUCUCACAGCUGAUGCGCUCGUCCGUCUCGUCCCCGAACAACCGCUCGCCCCAAAAGACAGCGAGCUCCCCGGACUCCAUCCAGUGAUGUCUCUCCUCCUCAUCACGGUGCUGUCUUCACUUCUCGUGCAAGAUGCUGAGGCGUGGGGCGCCAAUGUCAAGUACGCCGUGAACUGCCCGGACAGAUGCAGCGCGGAGCUGUGCGGCGGGACGCAGCAGCGGUGCGCACGGACGGUGCUGGAUGACUGCGGCUGUUGCCAGGUGUGUGCAGCCGGCAGAGGCGAGCACUGUUACCGCACCGUGUCGGGGAUGCACGGGGUGAAGUGCGGACCGGGAUUAUUCUGCGAGUUCUACAAAGACGAGGACGAUUAUGGAGACGAAUAUGGGGUCUGCAAAGACUGUCUCUAUGGGACCUAUGGGGUUGAGUGCCGCAAGACAUGCAACUGCAAAGGAGGCAUCUGUGACAGGGAGACAGGAGCAUGUCUCACCCUCAAAUUCUUUGCCAAAAUUGCCAGCGUGCUUAAAACUGAGCCACAAGCAGGAGGAGAGUUGGGCUCAGGAGAGGUCACUGCGUCCCAGAACAGAGACCAGCACAUGGACAGAUCCACCGCCCCAAAGAAGCUCAACCCUCGCUGACCAGUGCUGACCAGACUGAAUCUCUUCAGUGUAAAUGUAGCAUUAACUUAUAAAUGAUGUGAAAUAUAUAUUUUAUUAUGUUAAAUGACAAAAAGGGACUCUUUGUUUUCUUCUUUUUUUUUUACACCAUUUGGAUGUUUUUAUUUAGUAUGUUUGGUCCCUAUUUGAAAUGUCACAUUUUCUAAUGAAAUAUGCAGAGUAUGUCAUUAUUUUUUAAAGCUCUCUCUUCUUUCUUUCUUUUUUCUCUUGCUAUUUAUCCAUGUGUAUUUAGAAUGCCUUCAUACAUUAUUGAUGAAGAAAUGAGAGUGCAAAUGUUUAAAGAAAGUGAAACGUGUUCGUAUUCAAACUGAACUGCAGCAGUAUUUUAAAGGUCACCAUAAGGAUCCUUAAUGUCUAUUGUAUAUAUGAAAGAACAUGAACAAUAUCAUAUCUAAGACACCAGCUAAUGUAAAAAAAAAGACCUUACAAUUAAACCAAAGUUAUCACUGA